AUGGAGACGAGUUGCACGGCAUUGUUUGCGCGUUCUGUGGAGACUGGCCCCCUUCCAACUCGCCUCCCUGUCCCCUUUGUUGCCCUCCCUCUCUCCCCUAAGCCCCCCUACAACUCGCCUCCUCAUCAUCCCCCCAGCACCCCUCCCCUCCUGGAAGGAAGGAAGAGUCAACUCACCCCUCAGUCCGCUUUUUUUCCCUCCCCUUCCCUCCUAAGCCCCCCUCCAACCCGCCUCCUCAUCAUCCCCCCAGCCCCCCUCACCUCCCCUCUUCCUGGGAAGGAAGGAAGAGCCAACUCGCCCCCCGUCCCCUUUGUUUCCCUCCCCCUCCCUCUCCCCCCUACUAAUUCCCCCCUCCCUCUCCCCCCUACUAAUUCCCCCCUCCCUCUCCCCCCUACUAAUUCCCCCCUCCGACUCGCCCCAUCUCUUAUCAUCCAGCCCCCAGCACCCCUCCUCUCCUCUUUUCCAUCGCCCUCCCCUCCUGGGAAGGAAGGAAGAGCCAGCUCACCCUCCUGUCCCAUUUCCGUCUCCCCCUCCCCCCCACUUCCCCUCUCUUCCUACUUCCGCCCUCCCCCCACUUCCCCCCUCUCCUCCCCCCACUUCCCCCCUCUCCUCCCCCAACUGUCAUCACCAUCACCAGAUUCGCGCCGUGUCUCUACUACAAUCCACACCGUGUCUCUGCAGCCGUCAACGUUCCCCCCCUUGCUGCGUCAGCAAGCGCCAGUGCCAGCUCAGACCGAGAUCCGCGGGAAAUAUCUGACUCCCUCGCCCUCGAACCAGUGCGCCAAGGUGCCAUUCUCCUUUCCCCCGAUGUUUGGGGACGUGCGGGACGACCCCCCACCCCACUGGCUCUGUAACCCCCCUCCCUGCUUCUGCUCUUUUCUCCCCCCUCCCCCUCUCCCUCUGCUCUCCGCCCUCCCCUGCCGCUCCCCCUGCUCUUCCCCCCAUCAGUUGCGCCAAGGUCGCCUUCUCCUUCCCCCAAUGUGCGCCAAGGUGCCAUUCUCCUUCCCUCCAAUGUUUGGAGACGUGCGGGACGACCCCCACCACUGGCUCAGGGACGAGAGGCGCGAGAAUCCGCAAGUCCUGGCGCAUUUGGCGGCAGAGAACGCGUACACUGACGCCCUACUGCCUUUGUGUGGUGCUGGCGUUGGGAACGCGAAUGUGUGCACUGAUGCUGAAAACGCGAAUGCUGUGAAGCCACAGAUACAACCGGUAGAGAACGCGUACACUGACGCCAUACUGCCUCCAUGUAGUGAAGGAGACAAGGCGUGUACGGGGGACAAAGGAGAAAUGGCGGGUGGGGGAGAGCGAGAGGGUGUGCCACUGCGCGUUCUACUGCAAGGGGAGAUGAAAGCGCGAGUGAAGCAGGAGGACAGGAGCGUUCCUUUAAGAAAGGGUAAUUUCUGGUACUACACCCGAGAGGAGGAGGGUAAACAGUAUCCCAUUCACUGCAGGAGAGCAGCUGCAGACUCUGCAGUCUCAGCAGCAGCAGCAGCAGCAGCAGCAGCAGCACAAUCACCAUGCGAGCCCAGAGAUUAUUUUUCCGAGAGCAUGGAUGAAGGGGUUUUAGAGGAAAUCGUUUUAGAGGAGAACAGGGAGGCGGAGGGGCGAAGCUUCUUCCACAUUGAUAGUGUUAUUGUGAGCCCAAACCAUGGGUUUGUGGCGUAUAGUAUUGACACGAGGGGGGAUGAGAGGUAUUCUAUCCAUGUGCGGCCUAUUUGCUCUAGCUCUGCUGCUGCUGCUGCUGCUGCUGCUGCUGCUGCUGCUGCUGCGGCUUCAGCAGGACUAUUGUCAGUGCCACCAGAUUCCUCACCAGCUGAGUCAGCAGCAGCUGCAGGAAGAGCGUCAGAAGGAGCAGAAAGAGUGUCAGAAGGAGCAGCAGCAGCAGCAGCAGCAGCAGCAGCAGCAGCAGCAGCAGCAGCAGCAGCAGCAGCGGGGAGAUCUUCUGAAGGACGGUCAAUACCCGCACCAGCAGUAACAGAAGCAGAUGGUUUAGCAGGCACACCAGUAACAGCAGCGGAAGCAGGAGCAGCAGCCGCAGCAGCAGCAGAAGCAGCAGCAGCGGCAGAUACGGAUGUUAUCACGUCAGAGUUUGGUACAAGCGGCGAGGUGUGCUGGGCGGAAGACAACCAGACGCUCUUCUACGUCGCUCAGGACGAAAAAGACCGCCCGUGCUCCGUCAUGCGCCACGUCAUCGGCACGCCGGUCUCUCAGGACGCGCGCGUCUUUUUCGAAAAGGACGAGGCGUUUGACGUGGGCGUUCACCGCACGUCUUCGGACCGAUUUAUUAUGAUAACAUGUGGAUCGGCUGUGACGUCCUUUUUGCUGGCAAUCGAUGUUCAAAGACCGUUCGACCCUCCAAGGCAGCUCGUGCCAAGAGUGCACAACGUGGAGGUGUAUGGGGAUCACAGCGGCUCGCGCUUCUUCCUCCUCCGCCGCUCCCCCCAACUACAGGGCUCGGAGCUCCCUUCUCCCCUUUGCAGCAUCCGCCCAUCCUCUCUCCCCAUUUCUCCCUUCCCCCCCUCGCCUUCCUCAGAACGUGGAGGUGUAUGGGGAUCACAGCAGCUCGCGCUUCUUCCUCCUCCGCCUCUCCUUCAGGAGCCUUUGUGCCCUCUUUUCCUCGCCUCUUCACCCCUGUCCCCUCCGCCUCUCCCCUGCUCUCUCUCACCCCUUAAAGAACGUGGAAGUAACGUGGAGGUGUAUGGAGACCACAGCGGCUCGCACUUCUUCCUCCUUGGUGCCUUCUGGCUCUGGAACUCGCAGCUCCUCGCGCCGCUGCCUGUUGCUGACGCUGCUCCUGCAGCUGAGGCUGUAGAGCCCUCGUUGGUUCUCCCACAUGACCCCAGUGUGAAGCUCCAAUCAGUGACGGCCUUCAAGCGCCACGUGGUCGUGUUUGAGAGGGUGAAGGGGCUACAACGGAUCAGAUCCAUCCCCUUGCGAUCCGACGGCUCUCCUGCACCUGAAGCUGCCAAACUGGUGGAAUUCGAGAAAGCAGCAUACGAGAUCCGAGCCCUCAGAAGCCGGUUUGAGUCGAUGCCAGCGCAACCUAAUUCCCCUUCUCCUUCCUCCUCCACCACCUUUUCCCUCUUUGCACCUUCAACAGGGGUUGAAUUCACCGAAGCAGCAUACGAGAUCCGAGCCCUCAGAAGCCGCUUCGAAUCGCCCCUCCUCCGCUACUCCUUCUCCUCCCUCGUCACCCCCACCACCGUGUUUGAGCGAGACAUGGACACAGACAAACAGGCGGCUAGGAAGGUUGACUGGGUCGGCGAAUCCUUCGACCCCUCACUCUACUCCUCCAGCCGUCUCUUCGCCACGGCAGCAGACGGCACUCAAGUGCCCAUUUCGCUCGUCCAUCGCAACAGCACUUGCAGUGCUGCCACCAACGAACCCCCUUGGCCCAUGCUGCUCUAUGCCUAUGGCGCGUAUGAGAAGCAGCAGCACCAGCAGACGGCACUCAAGUGCCCAUCUCGCUGUGAUGAGACGAUUCUUGAGUCGACUCAAGAAGCAGCAGCACCAGCAGACGUCACUCAAGUGCCCAUCUCGCCCGCCCAUCGCAACAGCCCUUCCAACGCUGCCAACGCUGCCAGUGCUGCCAGUGCUGCCAGUGCUGCCAGCGACCCCCCUUGGCCCAUGCUGCUCUAUGCGUGCCCACGCAUCUCUCUUUCUCCUCUGACCGCUCUCCCUGUCGGGCCGAGGGGUGGCAGUGGCGAUAGAGCAUACCGAGGGGUGGUGGUGGUGAUAGAGCACGUGCCCUCGCGCCUCUCUUUCUCCCCUGACCGUCUCUCCCUGCUCGAUCGAGGGGUGGUUGUGGCCGUAGCGCAUGUGAGGGGAGGAGGCGACUGGGACUAUCAGUGGUACUUGGACGGGAAGCUUCUGAGAAAGCGCAACACGGUGUGGGAUGUGAUUGCGUGUGCCGAGCACCUGAUCAAGGAAGGUCUCACCACUCCAGACCGAUUGGCCCUGGAAGGCCGGUCAGCAGGGGGCAUACCUGUGGGGGCAGCCGUGAACGAACGGCCGGAUCUGUUUCGAUCAGCCGUGGCUGGCGUGCCGUUCGUUGAUGUGCUCUCCACCAUGCUAGACGCCUCUCUACACCUCACCAUCACAGAGUGGGAGGUGGGUUUAGCAGCACUGAGUGGGAGGUUGUGUGUGUGUGGCAAGCAGGAGUGGGGCAACCCACAUGAGGAGCAGUACUAUCACUGCAUCAAGUCCUAUUCUCCUGUCGACAAUGUGAAGCCCCAGGCUUAUCCCAACAUACUGGCCACUGCUUCGCUCCAUGACCAGAGAGUGAACUACUGGGAGCCAGCCAAGUGGGUGGCACGAUUGAGAGAUGCCAACACCAGCAGUGAUUCGGUGGUGCUGCUUCGGUGUGAGAUGGACGCGGGACACUUCAGCAAGACAGGGAGGUUCGAUCGCCUUGCUGACGUGGCGCUCCGCUAUGCCUUCAUUCUCUACACGCUUGGCGUGCACUGA